UACAUCAAAUGCAACCAGCGUUCAAAUAAAAAAAGUCCUGGUUACAGAUGUCGAGGUUCUGCUCGCUUAAUCAAGCAUCCUGAUAAUUCAGAAACUAUUAUUCCCUUAAAAGAGCAUAAGCAGUCUUGUCCAAAGCAGGAAAAUUUGUUAGAAGUUCAUGCUCUUAAGGUCGAUUUAAAGGUCCGUGCUAAAGCAAUGCCAUUAGCUGGUCCAUUAUCUAAUGAAUACGACAAUUUAAUCGAGAAACAUCCUGUGGCAGCUCAAGAAAUUCCUUAUAAAACAGUGAGAAGUCAAAUGGGUCGUGAUUUUCGGGGAAAUCAGCCACAUAACCCAGUAAGCUUUUUAGCUUUUACCGAGUUUGUGACUUCUCCUAGAGGGAGAGAGUAUUUAAAAUAUACUCUCGCAAAUGAGCAAGGUGCCAAGGUUUCCUACCAAAUGAUGACUCUAAAUUUUGGAGAUACUUUUAAUCAAUGCUUAGCAUUUUACAAUGUUGAAUAUCUCAAUUACUUCGAUGGCUCUCAAAUAAAUAUCGACGGGACUUUUCGGUUUAAGCCUAAGUUCAAGCGUCAGCACCUCCAGCCGUAUCAACAUCUCAUUAUUUCAAGUGAUAUUAAUGGGAAGGUAAGUACACUUUGUAACUUUCCGCUAAGAAAAUUAAAAUAGUAUAUUACACUACAAGGGCAGAAAGUUUGAGAUUCCUGCACUG